AUGAAGCUGAAAGGACCCUGGGAGUCAUGAUGGCCCCACUUGAGACCGGAACAGCACAACACCUUGCUCUGCGGGAGAAGGCCAAGAACUGGGCAGCCAAGUUCCUUCCCCAACAUCUACUUUGCUAUGAUGUUCUUCCCUUGCUCAAGGCAACCGCCUUGAAAACUUUGGAGUACAUGAUGCCCCUUUCCACCCUCGGCGGCUCCGACUGGGUGUCCAUCAUGUCACCUUUCCUCCAAGCGAUCUUGCACAAAGCUGGGGUUUGCCGUUCCUUUCCCCGCGUCGUGGUCUUUGCCCCUCUGAAAUAUCAGGGCUUGGGUAUUCCGCAUCCUUUCGCCCUUCAAGUCUUCCACCUUCUCAGUGUUCUGAUGCGCCAUUUGGCCAGCCGUACCAAGACCGGCCAGUACCUGGAGGCCAACCUACAGUCCCACCAACUCGAAACGGGCACCUCCUUUCCCCUUCUUCAACAAGAACCCACCAACACCGGGAUCCUUGCCUCCGAAACAUGGCUCAAACGGGUUUGGAUCGAGCUCGACUCAUUGGGCAUCAGAGUCGAGAUCUCCUCCCCUCCCUUGUCCCUCCACUGUGCCAACGAUCGUCUCUUGAUGGACAUCUUCAUCGAUGCCUUGGUCGACCAAGAGGACUUGCUGUGGCUCAACUGGUGCCGCCAAUACCUCCAAGUCACCACCCUCUCGGAACUCACCACCGCCGACGGUUGUUCCCUGACGGCAGCUUCUCUUGCCGGCCAACCCUCCGGACACUUUGUGACCAGCUACAAUUGGCCCCGAACCCGACGCCGUGGCCCCUCUCAUUAG